AAACAAAUUGGGCCCCCAUUUCUUGCAACACCCCCCACACUCCUCCGGGCGUUUUUUCAGCGACAGUCAAAAGAGAAACACACACAAAAAAAUUAACGCCAGCGCUCGAAAGAAAAAUGCAGUGAAGGAAAAUCUGUGCCAGUCCAUAGAGUACGCGUUUCGUUGUUAUCUAUCUAUCUGUCCGUCUUGUGUUUUUAAUGUAGUUUAUGCAGCAUCUCUGCUGCAUCUGUGUAAUCAGUAAUCUGUCCAGGAAAAACGAUGGCCCACGGAUGAGCCCCAAUUGGUUUUAUUAACGCAACGAAAUUUAUGCGCGCGCCUGCCAUUGCGACUCCCGCAGUCGAGGCCCCCCAGCAGCAGCAUAAGCAGCACCCACACACACGCCCAAGUCCGAGGUCAACUCCCACCCAAUCUCCGCGUGCCUCCGCCCACAAAAUUGGUCGCCCUCAAUAUUGCAAAUGGCAUCAAACAACAAUAACAGCAGCUUUGGCAGCUCUCUUGGCAGCGGUAUCGCCGCUGUCAAUGCAGAUCUAUGGCGCGAAUGCGUCGCCUGGCUAACAAGAUGCAAAAUCAUACCGCCCGACCACAAGGCCGCCCUGCCCGACGCCGAGAUCCGUAUACUGGCCAUGACGCUGCGGGAUGGCGUCCUGUUGUGCAAUUUGGUGAUCCAUCUGGAUCCGAGCAGCAUGGAUCCGCGGGAAUUCAAUCGCAAGCCACAAAUGGCCCAGUUUCUGUGCAGCAAGAACAUCAAGCUCUUCCUGGAUGUCUGUCACAAUAAUUUUGGUAUACGCGAUGCGGAUCUGUUUGAGCCCACCAUGCUCUACGAUCUGACCAACUUCCAUCGGGUGCUGAUCACGCUCUCAAAGCUGUCGCAGUGUCGCAAGGUGCAGCAGCUCCAUCCGGAUCUAGUCGGUUUCAACCUUCUGCUAUCGCCCAGCGAGCGUUCCCAUUCGGAUGAGGCCAUCUACAAGGAUCUGCACUCCACUGAAAUGCGAAAAACAAACAGCAUCGAUGCCGCCGUCGUGCCUGCAUCAUCCGCCGCCACCAUCGCCAGGGAAGGAUUCUACGCACGGACUUUGAAGAGCGGCUCUGGGUCCGUGUCGGUGGAGGAUGAGAAUAGCGAUAUAACCAUUGAGAAUGGCACCGAGGACAACGAUAUUGAUGAUAUGGACGACAUCGGCGAUGGGACCAUGGAUAAUGACUCGGGCAGUGGCGGCAGCGGCAGUGGCGAUGGCGGUGGCAAUGGUUCCAUGAAAACCCUCUCCUUUGACCUCUCGCUGGACGACACUGCCUCGCUUGAGGGCGUGCCUCUGGCCACAGUCGCCUCACCGCCGGAAACCCUGGCGCCCACACGCACCACUGCUGCCCUCCUGCGGGAGGCACCGAAGCCAAGCACCUCGGAGGCUGCUGCCGAGGCAUUUGCAUCGAAUGCAUCGUUUUGUGCAUCGACACUGUCGCUGUUGCAUGCCUCCAACUCGUCGCUAUUCAUCAACGAGAGCCAGUGGCUGCAGAAGGCCGCUGCCGCUGUCUACAAUUAUCGGUCAUGUCCGUCGACUAGCUCCUCGGAGCAUGAGUACUCGUACAUCUACAGCGAGGACGACGAGAAGGUCUACGAGGAUCUGUGCUAUGUCACCUUCCAAACGAAGCCAAAACCAGAGGUUACCACCGACAAUAUUGCAUGCAAUGGAACCGGUUACGAUCACACCAACACAAAAGAAGAGGAGGUCUACCAAGACUUGUGCGCCCUGCACAGGACGAGUAGAAGCCAGACAGCCUCAUCGACCAGCUUCGAGCAGCGCGACUACGUGAUACGGGAGCUAAUCGACACAGAGUCCAACUAUCUGGAUGUUCUCAAUGCCCUUAAGUUGAAGUUUAUGGGUCCGUUGGAACGGCAUCUCAACCAGGACGAGCUGCGGCUAAUAUUUCCCCGAAUUAGGGAGCUGGCCGACAUUCACACGAGAUUCCUGGAUAGACUGAGAGAAGCCCUAUCGCCCAGCACCAAGCUGAGGAUGGCCCAGGUAUUCAUGGAUUUCCGUGAGCCAUUCCUCAUCUACGGCGAGUACUGCAGCUGCCUGUUGGGCGCCAUCGACUAUCUGGCGGAUGUGUGCAAGAAGAAUCAGAUCAUCGACCAGCUGGUGCAGAAAUGCGAGCGCGAGUACAAUGUGGGAAAGCUGCAGUUGCGCGACAUACUGUCGGUGCCCAUGCAGCGCAUCCUAAAGUACCAUCUGUUGCUGGACAAGCUCGUGAAGGAGACGGCGCCACAGCACGAGGACUACCGCUCGCUGGAGCGGGCCAAGGAGGCCAUGAUCGAUGUGUCGCAGUACAUUAAUGAGGUGAAGCGCGACUCUGACCAUCUGGUUAUCAUACAGAAGGUGAAGGACAGCAUAUUCGAUCUGCAUCUGCUCCAGAAUGGCAACGAUCUGCUCCAGUACGGACGCCUCCUCCUCGAUGGGGAGCUGCACAUCAAGGCCCACGAGGAUCAAAAGACCAAGCUCCGGUAUGCCUUUGUCUUUGACAAGAUUCUCAUCAUGGUCAAGUCGUUGCACAUCAAAACGGGGGACAUGCAGUACACAUAUCGCGACUCGCACAACCUGGCCGACUACCGCGUGGAGCAGAGUCACUCGCGACGCACCCUCGGCCGGGAUACGCGCUUCAAGUACCAGCUUCUGUUGGCCCGCAAAUCGGGCAAGACGGCCUUCACGCUGUAUCUCAAGUCGGAGCAUGAGCGGGACAAGUGGCGCAAGGCUCUCACCGAGGCAAUGGAGAGUCUUGACCCUCCUGGCUGCCGCAAUACGGAUCACAAAAUGGAAAUCUUCACAUUCGAUACACCAACAUCAUGCCGGCACUGCUCCAAGUUCUUGAAGGGUCGCAUCCAUCAGGGCUACCGCUGCAAGGUGUGCCUCAUAGCCGUCCACAAGGGCUGCAUCUCGUCGACGGGUCGUUGCAAGCAGAAUCCCAUAACCCAACCGCCGCCCGUCUGCGAUCGCCAGCUAACGGAGUUCAAUUGGUUUGUGGGCAACAUGGAUCGCGAGACGGCGGCCAAUCGUCUGGAGAAUCGACGCAUUGGCACGUAUUUGCUGCGGGUACGCCCUCAGGGGCCAUCGACGGCCCAUGAGACGAUGUAUGCCCUGAGCCUAAAAACCGAUGAUCAUGUGAUUAAACAUAUGAAAAUCAAUCAGGAGAUUGGCACAGAGGGCAUGCUCUAUUGCCUGUCGACACGUAGACAUUUCAAGACCAUUGUCGAGCUGGUUUCCUACUAUGAAAGAAACGAUCUAGGCGAGAAUUUCGCGGGAUUAAAUACAUUGUUGCAGUGGCCAUAUCGUGAGGUAAUAGCCACUGCCCUGUACGAUUACGAACCGAAGCCAGGGAGCAAUCAAUUGCAGCUGCGCACCGACUGCCAGAUAUUGGUUAUUGGCAAAGAUGGGGACAGCAAGGGCUGGUGGCGUGGAAAGAUUGGUGAUACAGUUGGCUACUUUCCCAAGGAGUACGUGCAGGAGCAUUCCCCUAACGACGAGCUUUGAUAUUAUAAUUCGCUCAUCUACUUUGGUACACCCAAGGCCAUGUCGCCCCAAGAGGCAGCCAUUAAUGUAGUCGAAAUUGUAGCGCCAGCAGCUGUUGUUGUGCCGGCAGCCAUACUCCUGGAGGGUAUACCCUGCCUCACCAGCCUCACGACCACCACAACCGCCGCCGCUACCGGCACAACCACCAGCAGCAGCAACAGCAACAGCAACAACAGCAACAGCAGGUCCAGCCUCAACCAGUUCGUCAGAUAGAUACGGCAGCCACUGCAUCCUAGUUAAAUAUAUAUAUAUAUAUUCUAAUUAUACAAAUUGUUUUUAUGUUUAUGUUUAAAGUUGUAAUAUUUUUUUUUUUUUUUUUUUUGUUGUGUUGUUUUGUUUUUUCUCUGUAUAACGUACGAAACGAAACAUUUGUGCCAAACCACAGAACAAAUUACGAAACGAAGCGAAACAAAACGAAACGAAAAGCAUCUAAAACGAAAAAUAAUGUUUAUUAAAUGUUCUUAAAUGUGUGUGUAUAUUGCACAUAUAUAUAGGUAUAUAUGUAUUUGUGCAUGUGUGUAUAUUUUUAAGCUUAAAAAACUAAUUAAUUGCCUAAGUUUUAUUUAUGCACAAUACAAAAGGAAAACAAAAAAAGAAGCUUUAAAAAAUAUGGUAUAAUUUCAUACUAUAUACAAAAAAGUGCAUCACCUUAUAAAUCUAUCCAUUAUCUAUCUUAUAUAUAUAUAUAUAAUAGAUAUAUAAUGAUUGUAAACACACACACACAAAACGUACGCCAAAAGAGCUACAAAAAGAACAAUGCUGAAUGAUGAUGGAAGUAAAAGCUUUAGCAAUAUCAAUAUAUACGUCAUAUAUUUAUGAUCAUGGUGAUCGAUCCCCCCUACACACACACACACAAAGAAAGUGAAAAGUUUAGGCCAGCCAAUUUAUAUAGAUGUCUUAUAUACAAUUUAUAUAUUACUCAUUAUGUACCUACUACACUUAUAUACAUAUACAUAUAUUAGCCGAUGGUAAACAAUAUUUGCAAAAAAUACUACGGCUAAGCGGUCCACUCAACGAAUUCAACGAAAUUUUUGUGAGCAUUAUAACGAACGAACAUUAGGCUAUAAGACAGUCAGUAGGGCGCAUCUUGGUGUCUCUUUUAAAUACUAUUCUGUUGUCUACUGUCUGAUAAAAAUUGAUUGCAGGACCCCCUCCGCCACCCACCACAAACAUACAUACACCAUAUAUUGUAAUUGUCAAACCACAAGCAACUAGUGUUUUUAUCCGUUCAAAUGGCACAAAAAGGCACCCCAAAAUAUAAAGAAAACAGCGUAUAGUUGAUAAGACUCUCUCUAGCUAUAUACCUAAACAUCUAUCUUUGUAUUGGAUGCCUUAAAGACCCAUGAUUAUAAUGUAUUUUGUAUGGUUUCACAAAAUGUUAACAAUUCCAUAUAAUGCAUUUAAUAACCGACUUGUGCGCACGACUUGCACUACUGCUGUGCCAAUGCUUAACCCCAGCCUCUAUCCCUUUCCUUUUGAAACGCACGCAUCUAUCGAUCUAUAUCUAUAUCUCUUUUGGCAGCUACAAAAACUAGAGUUAAGAUAAAACAUAAAUGUUGUUCGCAAAUCGUAAUUGCUUCCAUGUUCUCUCUACUUAUGCCAAUGUGUAAAACGUAACCAAAUUGUGUCUGUGCUUUGUUUGUCUAAGAAUUCAAAACAGUCGAGGAGACUCUGAUUCCCCCGAAACCCUCUAAUGGAGACGCCCUAAUAAAGGAAAUUUUUGUGAAUGUA